UCCGGCCAUGGGGCCCGAGGAGGGCUCGGCCGGCGGGCUGGGAGCCCUGCCCGCACCGCCGCCGGGCUGCCGGAGCCGCUACCAGCUGCUGCUCUCCGGGAAGGCCCUGGCCGACAGAUACCGGAGGAUUUACACGGCGGCUCUGAGCGACCGUGAGCUGGGGAGCCACCCGGGCAGAAGUAAGAAACUUUUUAGCAAGAAAAAGUUGAAAAGAAAACAGAAGACUAAAUUGAAAGUAAAAACACGCAACAAGACUGAGAACCUAGAGAGUACAAUAACCAUACCAGAUAUCAGAUUACAUAGCAAUCCUUCAGCUUUUAAUGUUUACUGCAAUGUCCGCCAUUGUGUGUUGGAGUGGCAGAAAAAGGAAGCAUCUGUGUCUUUGGCUUCAAAGAACAGUGUCCAGAGUGGGGAUUCGGACAGUGAUGAAGAAGAGGAGCCCAAAGAACCGCCUAUUAAACUUCCAAAGAUCAUUGAAGUGGGAUUGUGUGAAGUCUUUGAAUUGAUAAAGGAGACACGAUUUUCUCAUCCAUCCUUGUGUCUCAGGAGCUUACAAGCCCUACUUAAUGUGCUCCAAGGUCAACAACCAGAAGGCCUGCAAUCAGAGCCUCCAGAAGUCCUAGAAUCCCUGUUCCAACUGCUUCUGGAAAUAACUGUCCGUAGCACGGGAAUGAAUGACAGUACAGGACAGUCCUUGACAGCACUUUCCUGCGCUUGCCUCUUCAGUUUGGUAGCUGCCUGGGGAGAGACAGGAAGGACGUUGCAAGCAAUCUCUGCAAUCCUCACCAAUAAUGGCAGCCAUGCUUGUCAGACUAUUCAGGUGCCAACCAUUUUAAACUCUCUUCAGCGGAGUGUACAGGCAGUUCUGGUGGGCAAAAUCCAAAUCCAGGACUGGUUCAGUAAUGGAAUAAAGAAGGCAGCCUUGAUGCACAAGUGGCCAUUGAAAGAAAUAUCUGUAGAUGAAGAUGACCAGUGCCUACUUCAGAGUGAUGGCUUUUUCCUCUAUCUCUUAUGUAAAGAUGGACUUUACAAAAUUGGCUCUGGAUAUAGCGGGACAGUGAGGGGCCAUAUAUACAAUUCUACAUCCCGCAUCAAAAACAGAAAAGAAAAAAAGUCUUGGUUAGGCUAUGCUCAGGGCUAUUUAUUAUAUAGAGAUACAAAUAAUCACAGUAUGACAGCCAUAAGAAUAAACCCUGAAACCUUGGAACAAGACGGUACAGUUGCUUUGCCAGAUUGUCAUACUGAAGGGCAGAAUAUCCUUUUCACAGAUGGAGAAUAUAUUAAUCAGAUAGCAGCAUCUAGAGAUGAUGGCUUUGUAGUGCGAAUAUUUGCCACGAGUACUGAGCCAGUAUUGCAACAAGAACUGCAACUUAAGCUUGCAAGAAAAUGCUUACAUGCUUGUGGCAUCUCAUUGUUUGAUCUGGAGAAAGAUUUGCACAUUAUCAGUACAGGGUUUGAUGAGGAAUCAGCUGUCCUUGGUGCUGGGAGAGAGUUUGCACUGAUGAAAACUGCUAGUGGAAAGAUUUAUUAUACUGGCAAAUAUCAGAGCCUUGGAAUCAAACAAGGUGGCCCUUCAGCUGGCAAAUGGGUUGAACUCCCAAUCACAAAAUCUCCAAAGAUUAUUCAGUUUUCUGUUGGACAUGAUGGCUCACAUGCCUUACUUGUUGCUGAGGAUGGAAGCAUAUUCUUCACAGGUUCUGCUAGUAAAGGAGAGGAUGGUGAAUCAACUAAAAGCAGACGGCAAUCAAAACCAUAUAAGCCUAAAAAAAUUAUUAAAAUGGAAGGAAAGAUUGUCAUAUCUACAGCAUGCAAUAAUGGAAGCAGUUCUGUAAUUUCCAAAGAUGGAGAACUCUACAUGUUUGGAAAAGAUGCCAUUUACUCUGAUAGUACAAGUUUAGUAACAGAUUUGAAAGGCCAUUUUGUGACUCAAGUAGCCAUGGGCAAAGCUCACACCUGUGUGUUAAUGAAGAAUGGAGAAGUUUGGACAUUUGGAGUAAAUAAUAAAGGACAGUGUGGACGAGACACAGGCUCUAUGAGCCAGGGAGGAAAAGGUUUUGGAGUUGAGAACAUGGCAACAGCAAUGGAUGAAGACCUGGAAGAGGAACUAGAUGAAAAAGAUGAGAAGUCCAUGAUGUGUCCUCCAGGCAUGCAUAAAUGGAAGCUGGAGCAGUGUAUGGUGUGCACCGUAUGUGGAGAUUGCACAGGCUAUGGAGCCAGCUGUGUUAGUAGUGGGCGUCCUGAUAGAGUACCUGGAGGAAUCUGUGGCUGCGGGUCAGGUGAGUCAGGCUGUGCUGUGUGUGGCUGCUGCAAGGCAUGUGCUAGAGAGCUGGAUGGCCAGGAAGCAAGGCAAAGAGGAAUCCUUGAUGCUGUAAAAGAGAUGAUACCUUUAGAUCUCUUGCUGGCUGUCCCUGUUCCUGGAGUUAAUAUUGAAGAACACCUUCAGCUACGACAGGAAGAAAAGCGGCAACGUGUAAUUAGAAGACAUAGAUUGGAAGAAGGAAGAGAUGGAAGUGGAGAAAGAGGUGAGAAGGAUGCCAGCAAAAUCACAACAUAUCCACCAGGGGCUGUUCGCUUUGACUGUGAACUGCGAGCUGUACAAGUCAGUUGUGGAUUUCACCAUUCAGUGGUUUUGAUGGAGAAUGGUGAUGUUUACACAUUUGGAUAUGGGCAGCAUGGUCAGCUUGGACAUGGUGAUGUUAAUUCCAGGGGAUGUCCCACUUUGGUGCAAGCAUUACCAGGUCCUAGUACCCAAGUUACUGCUGGGAGCAACCACACAGCUGUUCUCUUAAUGGAUGGCCAGGUUUUCACAUUUGGAAGUUUCUCAAAAGGUCAGCUUGGCAGACCAAUUCUGGAUAUGCCCUACUGGAAUGCAAAACCAGCACCUAUGCCUAACAUAGGCUCCAAAUAUGGGCGCAAAGCUACAUGGAUUGGAGCGAGUGGAGACCAGACUUUUCUUCGGAUCGAUGAAGCUCUCAUCAAUUCUCAUGUGCUUGCUACAUCAGAGAUAUUUGCAAGCAGGCAUAUAAUAGGUUUGGUACCAGCUUCAAUAUCAGAACCACCUCCUUUUAAAUGUCUUCUGAUAAACAAAGUAGAUGGCAGUUGCAAAACAUUCAAUGAUUCUGAGCAGGAAGACCUUCAAGGUUCUGGUGUGUGUCUGGAUCCUGUCUAUGAUGUUAUUUGGAGGUUUCGCCCAAAUGCCAGAGAACUGUGGAGUUACAAUGCAGUAGUUGCUGAUUCCAGACUUCCCUCAGCUCCAGACAUGCAAUCCCGGUGUAGUAUUUUGAGUCCAGAACUUGCUCUGCCAACAGGUUCCAAAGCUCUAACCACCAGAUCUCAUGCAGCUUUGCAUAUUCUAGGUUGCCUUGAUACUUUGGCUGCUAUGCAGGACUUAAAAAUGGGUGUUGCAAAUACAGAAGAGGAGACUCAAGCAGUAAUGAAAGUUUAUUCUAAAGAAGACUACAGUGUUGUUAACAGAUUUGAAAGUCAUGGAGGAGGCUGGGGUUAUUCAGCCCACUCAGUAGAAGCCAUCCGUUUCUGUGCUGAUACAGAUAUAUUGCUAGGUGGACUUGGUCUCUUUGGUGGUAGAGGUGAAUACACUGCUAAAAUAAAGUUGUUUGAAUUGGGUCCAGAUGGGGGAGAUCAUGAGACAGACGGAGACCUCCUUGCUGAGACAGAUGUCUUAGCAUAUGAUUGUGCUGCCAGAGAGAAAUACGCAAUGAUGUUUGAUGAGCCGGUACUCCUGCAAGCUGGCUGGUGGUACGUAGCCUGGGCAAGAGUGUCAGGACCUAGCAGUGAUUGUGGAUCUCAUGGACAAGCCUCUAUUACUACAGAUGAUGGUGUUGUAUUUCAGUUUAAAAGUUCCAAGAAAUCAAAUAAUGGUACAGAUGUGAAUGCAGGGCAGAUUCCACAAUUACUAUACAGGUUACCAACAAGUGAUGGCAGUGCAUCCAAAGGAAAACAGCAAACUAGUGAACCUGUACAUAUUUUAAAGAGAUCUUUUGCCAGAACUGUCUCAGUGGAGUGCUUUGAAUCUUUACUGAGCAUUCUUCACUGGAGUUGGACAACACUGGUGCUGGGAGUUGAAGAACUUCGUGGGCUGAAGGGUUUCCAAUACACUGCUACUCUCUUGGAUUUAGAAAGGUUGCGCUUUGUGGGCACUUGCUGCCUGAGAUUGCUGAGGGUCUACACCUGUGAAAUAUAUCCAAUAUCAGCAACAGCUAAAGCAGUUGUAGAAGAAACCAGCAAACUAGCAGAUUGCAUUGGAAAAACUAGGACCUUGCUGAGAAAGAUUUUAUCUGAAGGAGUUGACCAUUGCAUGGUGAAGUUGGACAAUGAUCCACAAGGAUAUCUCAGUCAACCUCUCAGUCUGUUAGAAGCUGUUCUUCAGGAAUGCCAUAAUACAUUCACAGCUUGCUUCCAUUCAUUCUAUCCAACACCAGCUCUCCAGUGGGCAUGUCUUUGUGACUUGCUGAACUGUUUGGACCAGGAUAUCCAGGAAGCGAACUUCAAGACCUCCAGUAGCCGACUCCUUGCUGCUGUCAUGUCUGCUCUGUGCCACACGUCAGUGAAGCUGACCUCCAUCUUUCCCAUUGCUUACGACGGAGAGGCCUUGCUGCGCUCCAUGGUCAAACAAGUCAGCACUGAGAACGACUCUGCUCUGGCUCAUCGCUUUCCUCUUCUGGUUGCACACAUGGAAAAGCUGAGUCAGAGUGAAGAAAAUGUUUCAGGGAUGACAAGCUUUCGGGAAGUGUUGGAAAAGAUGUUGGUCAUUGUUGUUUUACCAGUACGAAACAGCCUGAGAAGAGAAAAUGAACUUUUCUCUUCACAUCUGGUUUCUAAUACCUGUGGGUUGCUUGCUAGUAUUGUCAGUGAGCUUACAGCAUCAGCAUUAGGAUCUGAGGUUGAUGGACUGAAUUCUCUUCAUUCUGUCAAAUCCACUCCAAAUCGAUUCACUAAAACAAGUCAGGGAAGAAGCUGGAAUACUGGGAAUGGGUCCCCUGAUGCAAUAUGUUUCUCUGUUGACAAACCUGGUGUAGUUGUAGUAGGAUUUUCUGUUUAUGGUGGAGGAGGAAUUCAUGAAUAUGAGUUGGAGGUAUUAGUUGAUGAUAGUGAUCAUUCUGGAGAUGCAACUCAUUCGCAUAGAUGGACCUCUUUAGAAUUGGUUAAGGGAACUUACACCACAGAUGAUUCUCCUAGUGACAUAGCUGAAAUCAGACUUGACAAAGUUGUGCCACUAAAGGAAAAUGUGAAAUACGCAGUUCGUUUGAGGAAUUAUGGAAGCCGGACUGCCAAUGGAGAUGGCGGAAUGACCACAGUUCAGUGUCCAGAUGGUGUAACCUUUACAUUUAGUACAUGCAGUCUGAGCAGUAAUGGCACCAACCAAACACGAGGACAAAUCCCGCAGAUUCUUUAUUACAGGAGUGAGUAUGAUGGAGAUCUGCAGUCACAGCUGUUGAACAAAGCUAAUGAAGAAGACAAAAACUGUAGCAGGGCUCUUUCUGUUGUGAGUGCUGUUGUACGAGCAGCCAAAGACUUGUUGCACAGAGCUCUUGCUGUAGAUGCUGAAGACAUUCCAGAAGUACUCAGCUCUUCCAGCCUGUUUUCAAUGCUGCUUCCCCUCAUCAUAGCCUACAUAGGACCAGUAGCAGCAGCUAUUCCCAAGGUUGCUGUUGAGGUCUUUGGCCUGGUACAACAGCUACUUCCUUCUGUGGCAGUUCUGAAUCAGAAAUACGCCCCUCCAGCUUUUAACCCAAAUCAGUCCACAGACAGCACCACUGGAAAUCAGCCAGAGCAAGGGCUUUCAGCUUGUACUACCUCCAAUCACUAUGCUGUUGUAGAAAGUGAGCAUCCCUAUAAACCUGCCUCUGUUACCCACUAUAAGGUGACUUUUCCUGAAUGUGUCAGGUGGAUAACAAUAGAGUUUGAUACUCAGUGUGGCACUGCUCAAUCAGAGGAUGUUCUUCGUUUACUAAUUCCUGUCAGAAUUGCACAGAGCCUGGGAUUUGGACCAAAGCAUACCUCUGUUCAUGAAAACCUUAAUUCAUGGAUAGAGCUAAAAAAGUUCUCUGGAUCUUCAGGAUGGCCUACCAUGGUGUUAGUAUUGCCAGGGAAUGAAGCUCUUUUUUCUCUGGAGACUGCAUCAGACUAUGUUAAAGAUGAAAAAGCUUGUUUUUAUGGUUUCAAAUGUUAUGCAAUUGGAUAUGAAUUUAGUCCAGGAAGUGAUGAGGGUAUUAUUCAGCUGGAGAAAGAACUGGCAAAUUUAGGAGGAUCAUGUGCUGCAGCUUUGAUGAAGAAAGAUUUAGCACUUCCUAUUGCAGGUAGUGAGUUUGAAGAAGAUCUUGAGAUACUUGAAGAGGCUGCCUUACAGGUGUGCAAAUCUCAUUCAGGCAUUCUUGGGAAAGGCUUGGCACUCUCUCACUCACCAACCAUUUUGGAAGCUCUCGAAGGAAGUCUUCCACUGCAGGUACAAAGCAAUGAGCAGUCGUUUCUGGAAGAUUUCAUUGCUUGUGUACCAGGAUCAAGUGGUGGACGACUUGCAAGGUGGCUGCAGCCUGAUUCAUAUGCUGAUCCUCAAAAAACAUCAUUGAUUUUGAAUAAGGAUGAUAUCCGAUGUGGCUGGCCAACUGUUAUUACAGUACAAACAAAAGACCAGUAUGGGGAUGUUGUUCAUGUUCCUAAUAUGAAGGUAGAAGUCAAAGCUAUUCCUGUUUCUCCGAAAAAAACAUCUUUGCAACAAGAACAAGUUAAAAAAGUGCAGCGGAUACCAGGAAGUCCUGCAACAGCUGUUUCCCCUAGCAGUGAUAUGACCUUUGGAGGACUUCCUUCACCAAAGCUUGAUUCCUCUUAUGAGCCAAUGAUAGUAAAAGAAGCUCGGUAUAUUGCUAUUACAAUGAUGAAGGCAUAUGAAAAUUAUUCUUUUGAAGAACUGCGUUUUGCUUCACCAACACCAAAGAGACCCAGUGAAAACAUGUUGAUCAGAGUCAAUAAUGAUGGUACAUACUGUGCAAACUGGACUCCGGGAGCUGUUGGUCUCUAUACCAUUCAUGUUACUAUAGAUGGCAUUGAAAUAGAUGCUGGACUAGAAGUGAAAGUAAAAGAUCCUCCAAAAGGAAUGAUACCUCCUGGAACCCAACUUAUUAAACCAAAAGCAGAACCUCAGCCAAACAAGGUUCGCAAAUUUGUGGCCAAGGACAGUGCAGGGCUUCGUAUCCGUAGCCACCCUUCCCUUCAGAGUGAGCAGAUAGGCAUAGUGAAAGUCAAUGGAUCCAUCACUUUCAUUGACGAGAUCCACAAUGAUGAUGGUGUUUGGCUGAGGCUGAAUGAUGAAACAAUAAAGAAGUAUGUUCCUAACAUGAAUGGUUACACUGAAGCCUGGUGUCUGUCUUUUAACCAACAUCUUGGCAAGAGCCUUCUGGUACCUGUUGACAAUGUCUUUAAUGCUAGCCAAGGAGUAAGGGAUUUGGACUUUUUUUCAUGGACUUCCAAAGCUUUACCCCCCAAGGAACCUAGGUCUAAUGCUGAUGAUUUUUUCAAAGACCUAAAUUCACACUGCCCACAGGAAGCAGUGAUGCAAGAGCAAGACAUGCCAUUCCUUCGAGGUGGACCUGGAGUGUACAAGGUAGUGAAGACUGGCCCAUCAGGUCACAACAUCAGAAGCUGCCCUAACCUUAGAGGUAUCCCAAUUGGAAUGUUAGUUCUGGGAAACAAAGUCAAAGCAGUGGGCGAGGUGACUAAUUCAGAAGGUACGUGGGUGCAAAUGGAUAAGAACAGCAUGGUAGAGUUCUGUGAAAGUGAUGAAGGCGAGGCGUGGUCAUUAGCUAGAGACAGAGGUGGAAACCAGUACCUCCGACAUGAAGAUGAGCAAGUCCUUCUAGAUCAAAAUGUGCAGACUCCUCCCCCAAGUCCUUUUUCGAUACAAGCUUUCAGUAAGGGGACAAGCUGUAGUAAUGGACAAGGGUUUGAUUAUGGCCUUGGAAAUAACAAAGGUGACCAACUGAGUGCCAUACUGAAUUCCAUUCAGUCACGGCCAAACCUCCCAGCUCCUUCCAUCUUUGAUCAAGCUGCAAAACCUCCCUCUUCCCUUGUCCACAGUCCAUUUGUGUUCGGACAGCCCCUUUCCUUCCAGCAGCCUCAGCCACAGCUUCAGAGUGAAAGAAUGAAUUUCACGGGAGCUGCUAGACCGAUUUCUCCAGCAGGAAAAUCAGACAUGUCAUCAAAACACAGAGCUGACUGCAGGUCACCCAAGCUUGAUGUGCGAAUGAACAGAGCUGCUGCCGAGCAGAAGAAACCCAGAAAUACCGACGGCUUAUCAGCCAGCGAGUGCCUGAUGCUGAAAUCAGAUACUGCAAAGUUGCGGUCAGACUCGCACAGCAGGUCUUUGUCGCCAAAUCAUAACACUUUGCAAACACUAAAAACUGAUGGAAGAACAACUCCUGGUCUGAGAGCUGAAUCUCCAGGCCCAGGAACCCGAUCAUCUUCUCCAAAGACAAAGACACUCACAGGUGUUAGAUCUGGUGCUAGUUCUCCACGAUCCUCAUCACCCAAUGACAAAACUCUACCUCAGAAAGCUCCAUCCCCUGUAAAAACAAAGCUCGAUCCUCCUCGAGAACGCUCCAAAUCAGAUUCUUACACGUUAGAUCCAGACACCCUUCGCAAAAAGAAAGUACCACUAACAGAACCCUUAAGGGGCAGAUCCACUUCACCCAAACCAAAAAUUAUUGCAAAAGAUGGAAAACCUGCACCAGAAACUGAAAACAGAGCUCCUUCCCCUCAUGUCGUACAAGAAAAUCUUCACAGUGAAGUAGUUGAAGUCUGUACUUCAAGUACUUUAAAGACUGACAGCAUUACAGAUACCACCUGUGAAGACAACACCGAAUUCAGAAGUCUGGAUGAUGGUUCCAAUAAAGUUCAUUUUAGCAUUGGAAAAGCACCACUGAAGGAUGAGCAAGACACGAGAGCAUCUCCAAAAGUGAGCCGUAAAUGUGCUGGCAGGCACACAAGACCCAAAAAGGAAAAAUCCAGCUUCCUUUUCAAAGGAGAUGGAUCAAAGCCCAUAGAGCCUGCCAAGCAAGCCAUGUCACCUUCUGUUGCAGAAUGUGCUCGAGCCGUAUUUGCCGCAUUUCUCUGGCAUGAAGGAAUAGUUCAUGAUGCCAUGGCAUGCUCAUCUUUUUUGAAGUUUAAUCCAGAACUGUCCAAAGAGCAUGCACCCAUACGAAGCAGUCUGACCCAACAACCUGCAGAGGAAAAAGAAACCAAGUUGAAAAAUAGACAUUCAUUGGAAAUAUCGUCUGCUCUUAACAUGUUUAACAUCUCACCUCACGGACCAGAUAUCUCUAAAAUGGGUAGCAUCAAUAAAAACAAAGUCCUCUCAAUGUUAAAAGAACCUCCUCUGCAUGAAAAGUGUGAGGAUGGAAAAACUGAAACUACCUCGUUUGAAACAUCCAGUCACCACACGAUGAAAUCCAAGUCUCCUCUUCCGUUAACACUGCAGCACUUAGUAGCUUUCUGGGAAGAUAUUUCUUUAGCAACUAUUAAAGCAGCUUCCCAAAACAUGAUUUUUCCAAGUCCUGGUUCUUGUGCAGUGUUAAAGAAGAAGGAAAGUGACAAAGAUAACAAGAAAGCCAAAAAGGAGAAAAAGAAAAAAGAAAAGGUUGAGGCUAGGCCAAGGGGAAAUCUUUUUGGUGAGAUGGCCCAGCUUGCAGUGGGAGGACCUGAAAAAGACACCAUCUGCGAGUUGUGUGGAGAAUCCCAUCCAUAUCCAGUGACUUACCACAUGAGACAAGCUCAUCCAGGUUGUGGCCGCUACGCAGGUGGCCAAGGUUACAACAGCAUUGGGCACUUCUGUGGAGGAUGGGCUGGGAAUUGUGGUGAUGGUGGCAUCGGAGGGAGCACGUGGUAUUUGGUGUGUGAUCGAUGCAGAGAAAAGUAUCUCCGUGAAAAGCAAGCAGCAGCAAGAGAGAAGAUUAAACAAUCUAGGAGAAAACCAAUGCAAGUUAAGACACCUCGUGCCUUGCCAACUAUGGAAGCUCAUCAAGUGAUUAAAGCCAAUGCACUGUAUUUACUGUCGCUAAGUAGUGCUGCUGAGCCCAGUAUCCUCUGCUAUAACCCUGCAAAAGCAUUCCAGUCUCAACUUCCCAGUCUCAAAGAAGGAAUUUCUGAAGACUUUCCCAUUAAGAUGCCAUGUCUCUAUCUACAGACAUUAGCAAGGCAUCAUCAUGAAAAUUUUGUUGGGUACCAGGAUGACAACCUCUUCCAGGAUGAGAUGAGAUACUUGCGCUCAACUUCAGUACCUGCACCGUACAUCUCUGUUACUCCUGAUGCAAGCCCUAAUGUCUUCGAAGAGCCAGAGAGUAACAUGAAAUCCAUGCCCCCAAGCUUGGAAACCAGUCCAAUCACAGAUACAGAUCUUGCAAAGCGCACAGUUUUUCAAAGAUCAUAUUCAGUUGUUGCAUCGGAAUAUGACAAACAGCACUCAAUUUUGCCAGCACGUGUAAAGGCAAUCCCCAGGAGACGAGUCAACAGUGGAGAUGCAGAAGUGGGGUCCUCUCUCCUGAGACAUCCAUCACCUGAACUUUCUCGGUUAAUCUCCGCCCACAGCUCUCUUUCCAAAGGAGAGAGAAAUUUCCAGUGGCCAGUAUUGGCAUUUGUAAUCCAGCAUCAUGAUUUGGAAGGACUUGAAAUAGCAAUGAAACAAGCCUUACGGAAAUCUGCUUGCCGAGUCUUUGCCAUGGAGGCCUUCAACUGGCUUCUUUGUAAUGUCAUUCAAACAACUUCUCUUCAUGAUAUUUUAUGGCAUUUUGUGGCUUCCCUGACUCCUGCACCUGUAGAGCCUGAAGAAGACGAGGAUGAAGAAAAUAAAUCAAAUAAAGAAAAUGCAGAACAAGAAAAAGACACACGAGUGUGUGAACACCCUCUGUCAGAUAUAGUGAUUGCCGGGGAAGCUGCUCACCCCUUACCCCACACUUUCCAUCGCCUUCUUCAGACAAUCUCUGAUCUUAUGAUGUCACUUCCCAGUGGGAGUGCAUUACAGCAAAUGGCCUUAAGGUGCUGGAGUCUUAAAUUCAAACAAUCUGAUCACCAGUUCCUGCACCAGAGCAAUGUUUUUCAUCAUAUCAACAAUAUUUUGUCUAAAUCUGAUGAUGGAGAUAGUGAAGAGAGUUUUAGUAUCAGCGUUCAGUCUGGUUUUGAAGUCAUGAAUCAGGAACUGUGUAUAGUAGUUUGUCUGAAAGACCUAACCAGCAUUGUUGACAUUAAAACAUCAAGCCGACCUGCCAUGAUUGGUAGUUUAACAGAUGGAUCUACAGAAACGUUCUGGGAGUCAGGAGACGAGGACAAAAACAAAACUAAAAACAUCACAAUCAACUGUGUAAAAGGAAUCAAUGCACGUUACGUUUGUGUUCAUGUAGACAAUUCCAGAGAUCUUGGGAACAAAGUGACCUCUAUGACCUUCCUAACUGGCAAGGCAGUAGAAGAUCUCUGCAGAAUAAAGCAGGUAGACUUGGAUUCAAGACAUAUUGGCUGGGUAACAAGUGAACUUCCGGGGGGUGAUAAUCACAUCAUCAAAAUUGAAUUGAAGGGUCCGGAGAACACUCUAAGAGUUCGACAAGUAAAAAUUCUUGGAUGGAAGGAUGGUGAAAGCAUUAAAAUAGCAGGCCAGAUUUCUGCAAGUGUGGCUCAACAGAGAAACUGUGAAUCUGAGACACUGCGAGUAUUCCGACUUAUAACAUCCCAGGUAUUUGGGAAACUUAUCUCUGGAGAUGCUGAGCCAACACCAGAACAAGAAGAAAAAGCCCUGUUGUCUUCCCCAGAAGGAGAAGAAAAAGUACACAAUGCAACAUCAGAUGCAGACCUGAAGGAGCACAUGGUAGGGAUCAUAUUCAGCCGGAGCAAACUGACAAAUUUGCAGAAACAGGUGUGUGCCCACAUCGUGCAGGCCAUACGGAUGGAGGCGACGCGCGUGCGCGAGGAGUGGGAGCACGCCAUCUCCAGCAAAGAGAACGCCAACUCGCAGCCCAGCGACGAGGACGCCUCCUCAGACGCCUACUGCUUCGAGCUGCUCUCCAUGGUCCUGGCGCUCAGCGGCUCCAAUGUGGGCCGCCAGUACCUGGCCCAGCAGCUCACUCUGCUCCAGGACCUCUUCUCCUUGCUACACACAGCUUCUCCCAGGGUGCAGAGACAGGUAACAUCAUUACUGAGGCGUGUUUUGCCUGAGGUAACCCCCAGCCGCCUUGCAAGUAUUAUUGGGGUGAAGUCUCUUCCACCAGCAGAUAUAAGUGAUAUAAUCCACUCAACAGAAAAAGGAGAUUGGAACAAACUAGGUAUCUUGGACAUGUUUUUGGGAUGCAUUGCCAAAGCUCUCACAGUACAGCUAAAAGCCAAAGGAACCGCUAUCACAGGUACAGCUGGCACUACUGCAGGCAAAGGAGUUACUACAGUCACACUUCCAAUGAUCUUCAAUUCCAGCUAUAUUCGGCGAGGUGAAAGUCAUUGGUGGAUGAAGGGAUCAACACCUACACAGAUUUCAGAAAUCAUCAUUAAACUCAUUAAAGACAUGGCAGCAGGUCAUUUGUCAGAAGCUUGGUCACGUGUGACAAAGAAUGCUAUUGCUGAAACCAUCAUAGCUCUGACCAAAAUGGAAGAAGAGUACAGAUCACCUGUGAGGUGCAUUGCAACAACCAGACUGUGGCUGGCCUUAGCAUCCCUCUGUGUACUUGAUCAGGAUCAUGUUGAUAGACUGUCCUCAGGAAGAUGGAUGGGAAAGGAUGGGCAACAGAAACAGAUGCCAAUGUGUGAUAACCAUGAUGAUGGUGAAACUGCUGCAAUCAUUUUAUGUAAUGUCUGUGGGAAUUUGUGCACAGACUGUGACCGAUUCCUUCAUCUCCAUCGGCGAACAAAAACUCAUCAGAGACAGGUGUUCAAAGAAGAAGAAGAAGCUAUCAAAGUUGAUCUACAUGAGGGCUGUGGUAGGACCAAACUUUUCUGGCUGAUGGCAUUAGCAGAUUCUAAAACUAUGAAGGCUAUGGUGGAGUUUAGAGAACAGACAGGCAAACCGACCACCAGCAGUUCUGAAGCAUGUCGGUUCUGUGGAUGCAGGAGUGGAACAGAAUUAUCAGCAGUGGGAAGUGUUUGUUCUGAUACAGACUGCCAGGAGUAUGCUAAGAUUGCCUGCAGCAAGACACACUCCUGUGGUCACCCCUGUGGAGGCGUUAAGAACGAAGAGCACUGUUUGCCGUGCCUGCAUGGCUGUGAUAAAAACGCUACAACUCUUAAGCAAGAUGCUGAUGACAUGUGCAUGAUCUGCUUUACUGAAGCACUUUCAGCAGCACCAGCUAUCCAGCUGGACUGCAGCCAUGUUUUCCAUUUGCAAUGCUGUCAACGAGUACUAGAAAACAGAUGGCUUGGGCCAAGGAUAACUUUCGGGUUUAUGUCCUGCCCAAUUUGCAAGAACAAAAUCAAUCACACAGUAUUAAAAGAUUUGCUUGAUCCAAUCAAAGAACUCUAUGAAGAUGUAAGGAGAAAAGCGCUGAUGAGGUUGGAGUAUGAAGGGUUGCACAAGAGUGAGGCCAUCACAACACCAGGUGUUAGAUUUUAUAAUGACCCAGCUGGCUAUGCUAUGAACAGAUAUGCUUAUUAUGUUUGCUACAAGUGCAAAAAGGCAUAUUUUGGUGGUGAAGCUCGUUGUGAUGCUGAGGCUGGACAAGGAGAUGACUAUGAUCCAAGAGAGCUUAUUUGUGGUGCAUGCUCUGAUGUUUCAAGGGCUCAGAUGUGUCCCAAACACGGUACAGAUUUCUUAGAAUACAAAUGCCGCUACUGCUGUUCUGUUGCUGUUUUUUUCUGUUUUGGGACAACACAUUUUUGCAAUGCUUGCCAUGAUGAUUUCCAAAGAAUGACAAGCAUCCCUAAAGAAGAGCUCCCACACUGUCCUGCAGGUCCCAAAGGUAAACAACUUGAAGGAACAGAAUGUCCACUUCAUGUUGUCCAUCCACCCACUGGUGAAGAAUUUGCUCUGGGUUGUGGGGUUUGCAGAAAUGCACACACUUUUUAGACUAGCAUUUUUUUUAACCAGAGCAAAACAGGUGCCCUCAUCCCUCAAGUGUCCUGAAAACAAUGUCCAGCUGGGAUGAGGAUGGGACCAUUCCAUAACCCAGGUAAAAGGAACAAUUUACAGUGCAAGAAGGAUGCCAAAUACCAUGUACAUAAUUCUUGCUGUGAGAUAUUGACAUUUUUUGAACCAAGACAUCAAAAUUUGUGAGGUGUUUGCAUGUGGCCAUUUCAGUCAUCGGCUAGGAAACAUUGGACAUUUACAAAUAAACAAUUGUUAUUAAAGGAUCUGUGUGUCUGUGGACUAUGAAUGAUGCUGGCUUUCAGGAGAAAGAAAAAAAAUACUGAUUAUUGUAUACUGACUUUUUGUAAUCUUGUACAAUUGUAACGCAUCACAAGUGGGGAUGGGAAAGAGGAAUAUUCUGGUUUAUUUCCUAGACUGUUAUAAAAAAUGUGUUAGGAAGGCAUAAAUGUAACAAGUAUCACCCUGUAUAUAAAGGUAUCAAUGUUUGUCCUGUAUAAGAAAUAUUAAAUUACAACAGCAGUUUCAUUUAAACUUCUGGGUUAUGUUUGAGCCUGAAAUUUUAAUGAAGUGCAAUACUGAGUGUGCCUCAUAUCUUGCAGCUGUAAACAUAAUGGAAUGUACAUGUCAAUAAAGCCACUGUACAUUUUUAUACAGUGAAA